AUGUCAUUUGACAGACUCAUUCGAUUUAUCGACCAAAAUGGUACAACACACUAUGGUAAUCUUGGUCAAGAGGUCGACGUGAAGGUCAUUGAAGGUUCAGAAGUUCAACUGGUUUCCGGUGAUCUAGAAUCGGGGUUCCAGGUAACGCCUCAAAAAGCGGUAGUGCACAAGCUACUUGACCCUCUCGGCACAACUCCGCUAGUACUCUGUGCCGGUGUGAAUUACCACUCUCACUCCCGUGAGACGAAGUUCACCCCGCCCAAGAAGCCUGUGGUGUUCGCCACACCUCCAGACCGACUUGCAGGACCUCUCGAGGACAUCUCCAUCCCUCCAGAUGCACAGAGCUUGGUAGACUACGAGGGCGAACUGGUCCUCGUCAUCGGCAAAGACGGGAUCAACAUCCCCGAAGACCAAGCCCUGGAUUACAUCCUGGGAUAUACCGUCGGCAACGACGUCUCGGCACGAUAUUACAACAACCCAGACGUGUCAGGCUGGCAGAUGGGCUAUGCGAAGUCGUUUGACAAAUUCGGGCCCAUCGGACCCUAUUUGGUGUCGCCGAAGCUGAUUCCCGACCCGCAGAAGUUGCACCUGGUGACCAAGGUGAACGGGAGCGUCAGGCAGGAAGCAUCGACGUCGGAGAUGAUCUGGACGUGCAAGCAGCUCAUUGCGUUCUGCUCGAACGGGCGGACUCUGCGCCGUGGGACCGUUAUAAUGACGGGGACUCCGGAGGGUGUUGGGUGGCAUUCGAACGGGUGCUUGAAGAACGGCGAUGUAAUGGCUGCCGCUACAACUCUCCUCCAAGGAGGCACCGUUCUCUACCACGGCAAAAAGGACAACGUCGAGGUGCUCCGCAACACCGACAUUCUCAUCCAGGCCAACAAGAUCGUCAAGAUCGGACAGAAAUUGUCUGCUCCCUCGGGCGCGGCGAUUACCGACUGUCGCGGCAAGAUUAUCAGUCCUGGCUUCAUCGACACGCAUCAUCACCUGUGGCAGACGCAGUUGAAGGGACGACACGCGGAGCAGUCGGUGUUUGAUUAUAUUCCCAGUGGAUUCUGGCAGAGCUACGUGUACAGCCCGCAAGACAUCUUUUGGGGCCAGCUCGGCGGUGCGCUGGAAUCCAUCGACGCGGGGACAACGUUUGUGCUCGACCACGCGCACGGGUGCCAAACCAGGGAGCACGUCACCAAAGCUCUAGCAGCAACAUGUGCGUCUGGCAUCCGCUCCAUCUUCGCCUACGGUCACGCACCGUAUUUCACCAAAUGGGACAAAGACACGUGCGAACCGUCCAUGGACAUCAUGCCCAAAUCCACCAUGGACCAUCUCUUCGAACUCGCGGCGAAACAGCCCUUUGGCCACGGCCGCGUGACCCUCGGGUUUGCGUUUGACUAUUACUUCCUGCCGCAGCAGGCGGUGACGGGCAUCUUUGAAGCGUUGAGAAACGCGGGCGUCAAGAAUUUCACCAGUCAUUAUGCCAAGAACGCUACCUUUGGUCAACACCCUCUAAUCAACACCCUCAACGCCUACGGACUGAUCAAGUCCCCGUCGGACAUCCUCCUCUCCCACGCCACGGGACUCACGGCUCAGGAAACCGAUCUACUCGUAUCAUCGCAAGUACCCGUCUCGUCGACGCCCGAGACCGAGGCGCAGAUGGGGUUCGGGUGGCCCAUCGCGUUCCAUCCCGGCGUCAACUUCAGCUUCGGCGUCGACUGCCACACCAACAACACGUCGUCGAUCCUCGGGCUGGCCCGCUCGGCGCUGCAGAUGGCGCGGCAGCAGAGUAACCUGCCCAACGUCGAGCAGGGGGCCAUGGCACUGACGCUGCGGGGCAGCGCCGAGGAGGCGUUCAACGCGGCGACGAUCCGGGCCGCGCGCGCCGUACAGCUCGGCGACAAGAUCGGGUCCCUCGCCGAAGGCAAGCUGGCGGACCUGGUCGUCUUCGACACGCUGCACAGCACGGGGAUGAGCUGCGUGGCGGACUCAGACCCGCUCACCGCCGUGGUCCGGCACAGCGACAUCCGCGACGUCGAGGCCGUCAUGAUCGACGGCGUGUGGCGCAAGAAGGACGGCAAGCUCCGCCCCGUCACCGUCGAGGGCACCAACGAGACCCUCGAGUGGUCGCACGUCCGGACAAAGCUGAGGGACAGCGCGGGCCAGAUUGCCGAGAAGCAGAAGGGGUUGAACAUGGACAAGGCCAAGGAGGCGUUGAUUGCCAUGUUUCACAUUGAUCGGUCGAAACUUGUCAAGGACGCGUAG